CCCACUCCCGCCUGAGGUCAAAAUCCCGUGAGUGUUGCUCCGUGGCCAGCAACGCUCACCCGUGGGUUACGGGGUUGGCUGCUCCACUCGCCCGCCCGCUGCCCACAUGGCCCUGAGAAGUGUCUCUGCGCGGCUGCUGAGCCGCGGCCCCCGCCUGCGCGGCCUGCGUGCGUGGGGCUCGGCGGCGGCCCAGACCGAGAAGAGUGGGAAGACACAGAGCCGGGCGGCCAAGGCCUCUCGGCCGGAGUUUGACUGGAGAGACCCACUGCAGCUGGAGGAGCAGCUGACAGCAGAUGAGAUCCUCAUCAGGGACACCUUCCGCACCUACUGCCAGGAGCGCCUCAUGCCCCGCAUCCUGCUGGCCAAUCGCAAUGAAGUGUUUCAUCGCGAGAUCAUCUCGGAGAUGGGGGAACUUGGCGUGCUGGGUCCCACCAUCAAAGGGUAUGGCUGCGCCGGGGUCUCAUCUGUGGCCUAUGGGCUCCUGGCCCGGGAGCUGGAGCGAGUGGACAGUGGCUAUAGGUCAGCAAUGAGUGUCCAGUCAUCCUUGGUCAUGCACCCCAUCUAUGCCUACGGCAGCGAGGAACAGCGGCAGAAAUACCUGCCCCGGCUGGCCAAGGGGGAGCUCCUGGGCUGCUUUGGGCUCACUGAGCCCAACCACGGGAGCGACCCGGGCAGCAUGGAGACCCGAGCCCAGCACAACCCCUCCAGCAAGACCUACACCCUCAAUGGGGCCAAGACCUGGAUCACCAACUCGCCGGUGGCUGACCUGUUCGUAGUGUGGGCUCGGUGUGAGGACAGCUGCAUUCGGGGUUUCCUGCUGGAGAGGGGGAUGCGGGGCCUUUCGGCCCCCAAGAUCGAGGGCAAGUUCUCCCUGCGGGCCUCGGCCACUGGCAUGAUUGUCAUGGACGGGGUGGAGGUGCCCGAAGAGAAUGUGCUCCCCAACGCCUCGGGUCUGGGGGGUCCCUUUGGCUGCCUGAACAACGCGCGGUACGGCAUCUCCUGGGGCGCCCUCGGAGCCGCCGAGUUCUGCUUGCACACGGCCCGACAGUACACCCUGGACAGGAUCCAGUUUGGCGUCCCACUGGCCCGGAAUCAGCUGAUUCAGAAGAAGCUGGCUGACAUGCUCACCGAGAUCACGCUGGGCCUCCACGCCUGCCUGCAGCUCGGCCGCCUGAAGGAUCAGGACAAGGCCACCCCUGAGAUGGUCUCCAUGCUGAAGAGGAAUAACUGUGGGAAGGCGCUGGACAUAGCCCGCCAGGCCCGCGACAUGCUAGGGGGCAACGGCAUCUCAGACGAGUACCACGUGAUCCGGCACGCCAUGAAUCUGGAGGCGGUGAACACCUAUGAAGGGACACACGACAUCCACGCUCUGAUCCUCGGAAGGGCCAUCACCGGGAUCCAGUCGUUCACAGCUGGCAAAUGAGUGUGGCUGCCACCUAGCGCCCUAGCCUGGGAGCCCCAGCCUCCGCGCCCUGACCGGAAGGUGGCGGGAGGAGUACUGGAGACCGAGUCCAGCUCCCCCCCUUUGAAGGUUCCCAAAAGCACCGUGCUCUAACAGAAAAGGGGCGUCCUUCUCUGGGAUCAGGAGAGGGAGGAGCCCUAUGAGACCCCAUGCUAUGGGCGGUCCUGUCAUGGGUGCACACCUCAAGCCAGAUGGUGGAGGAAAUAAUAAAAUCAGCGUCCGACCUGGA